AUGAAUAUAAUUUAACAAUUAGAGAUAGAUCAAGAGGAUGGGUUUGAAACAAAAUUUAUGUCCUUUGAAGAUUCUGACUUAGCUUAUAACUAUUUAAAGAUUCCUCCUGAUUUGGAAAAAGCAUAAUUACACAGAGUAUGUUUUAUAACAACUAUUUUUAGCAAGCAUAUACAGUUCAUAAAACACCUCUUUCAAAUUCUUAAUAGUGUUUUUGUUGCCAUUUUUACAAAGAUCACAUCAAGUAUACUUUUUUUGAAGGCAGAAAAUAUUAUCAUCAUCAUAGUUCAAUAGGUGAAUAUUUUGAAUUGAUAAAGUAUUGUAUUUAUUAGUUAUUGAUUAUUGGGUAAUGAAAAUAAAUAUGACUAGUAUCUUGCUUGUUCCUUAUUGUUUGAUAACUUAUAGUAAUGGAAAUUAAUGUGAGAAAAUUUAAGAUUGUGAUACAAAUACAAAUAAAAUUUAUUCUGUAUGGAAUCUUAUUCCCGACUAUUAUUCUUUAGAUGAUUAAAAAUAUAGUUAUUUUGUUCAUAUUACAUUUCUAAUACUGCAAAUAGUUCAUUUUAUAUUUUUCAAUAAUAAAAAAGCUGCCAAAAGAAUUUAAACUGCAGCAAUGUUUGAGUAUUUAAAAUAAGUAUGUCUUUAUUUUCCUAAAACUAUCCAUUAAAAUAUAAUUAAAUAUAUGAAAAAUAGAUAACCAAAUCUUUUUGAAUAUAUAGUGUUUGAUUAGAAGAAAUAUGAAAAAUCUUUAUUUGAAGAAUUAAAGGUUCAAUAUUCAAGAAUAUAUGAUAAAGAGUAAAUUUUAAUUAUUUAUUUUUAGUAAUAAAUGGAAAAAAAAAAUCUUAAUGUAAUUACUAUAAAAUGAUACUUUGUUAGAAGAAUGUAUAAUAGGGAGGAUUGUAUUGAUGGAUAAAUUAGUUUAAAUAAAAGGGGAGGUAUAUACAAUUUGCAAUAGAUACAAUUAAGAAGUUUAGAACUAUGAAUAUUAAGACACUUAAAAAAAACAAAUAUAGGCUAUAUGGUUUAUAAUUUUCAACUUAAUAUUUUCUUAUUAUUUACCUAGAGUAUUGAUAACACUAACAAUGUUUUUUAGAUUAAAAUUAAUUACAAUCUACUUUGAUAGAGAAGAUCUUAAAAUUACUUAGGGUAUCAUAAAAGGUUUAUUUGGUAUUACUUAAAUAUUAAUAUUGAAAUUAAGUGAUUAUAUUUGUAAGAAUGGAUCCUUAAUGGUGCAUUAAAAUGUAAAAAUCAAUUUUUAUAAAUAGUUUUAAUUAUUUGUAUUUAUAGAUUUAGCUUUAUCCGGACAUUUUACAGAAUGGACUGAUUGCUUGA